AUGGAUCUUGGUUUUACUGGAAGUAUGUUCACAUGGUGGAAUGGGAGAUCUGAUGAGGCUUGUAUAUUUAAAAUAUUGGACAGAUGUUUGGGAAAUCAGGCUCUGCAGAAUUGUUUUCCUAAUUUGGAGGUGGGAAGAGCUCUUUCUAAGUGGAAUAGGGACACUUAUGGUGAUAUCUUCAAGCAAAUUGCAACUCUGGAGGAAGUGGUGCAGGUGCAUGAGCAGGAAUUUGAACAGAAUCCUACAGGGCUUAACAGGGAAAGGCUACAAAGGGUACAAGCUGAUCUGAUCAGGUUUUGUGCUAUUGAAGAAAAAUUUUGGAGACAAAAAGCAGGGAUGCAGUGGUUUCAGGAUGGAGAUAGGAACACAAAAUUCUUUCAUUCUCAUGUCAAUGGAAAGAGAAGAAAGCUGCAGUUACAAAGAAUUCAAGAUCAUACAGGUACAUGGCUGGACACUGAAGAGGAGAUUGCGCAGGAAGCAAUCAGAUUUUUCUCAGACCAAUUCAAAGAGGAAAAUAUCUCUACAGAUUUCUCUAUGCUUGAUAAGAUUCCUAAAAUGGUUACAGAAGAACAAAAUCAACAGCUCUAUGAAAUGCCAGAUGAAGUAGAGGUGAAAAGAGCAGUUUUUGGUUUAAAUGGAGACAGUGCAGGUGGUCCUGAUGGUUUCACAGGAAGAUUUUUCUAA